AUGCCUCGGGGUCGGAAGUGUCAAGCCCGUGCCCGUGAAAAACGCCGCCAGGCCCGACAAGAGCCCCAGAAUCUAGUAAGUGCUCAAACAACAACAAGAUCGAAUGAGGGUGCCAACUACCAGGUGGAACAAAGGUCAAGAUCCUCCCAGGCCUUGUCCACCAUGGAGUUCCUCCACAGAAGCCGUCUAAAAGAGAAGGUGAUUCUCUUAGUGUAUUAUCUGCUGUAUAAGUAUCAAAUCAAAGAGCCCAUCACAAAGGGAGAGAUGGUGAGAAAUGUAAUCCAAAUAUACAGAAAUCAUUUCCUUGAGAUCCUCAAGAGAGCCUCUGAUCACAUGGAGAUGGUCUUUGGCCUCAACAUGAAAGAACUGGAUCCCUACCGGCAUGUAUAUAUCCUUGUCAACAAACUGGAACCAUGCUGUGACACAGUGCUGAAUGAUGAUGGAGGUGUGCCCAAGACUGGUCUGCUGAUGACUAUACUGGGUGUGAUCUACAUGAAUCACAAUUGUGCCACUGAGGAGCAAGUCUGGGAAACAUUGAAUGUGAUGGGGCUAUAUCAGGGGAGGAGUCACUUCCUUUUUGGGGAGCCCAAGAAGCUCAUCACAGAAGAUUUGGUGAAAGAAGAUUACCUGGUGUAUUGCCAAGUGCCCCACAGUCAUCCUCCACACCAUGAGUUCAUGUGGGGUCCAAGAGCCCACAUUGAAACUACCAAGAUGAAAGUUCUGGAGUUUUUGGCCAAGGUCCAUGGUACUGACCCCACUACCUUCCCAUUGCUUUAUGAAGAGGCUUUGAAAGAUGAGGAAGAGAGAGCCCAAGCCCGAGCUGCAGUCAGGGCUUGUCGUGCUGCCAUGGCCAGGGAAUGCUCCAGAGCCAAGGAAGCAGCUCCUCCCACCCCUAAUCAAGUUUGA